CUGAGUUUUUACUGGAAGCGCGCGUGUUACUCGAAGCACUAUUACACAUAGUAUCUCGCUAAGUCCGGCAAAUCGCCUCAAAAUCACACACCGACGCUAGUUCCGGCUCCGGAAAGGGGAAGCAACGGCAGCUAUAAACAUACGCCGUCGCCGUGCAGCACAACAUCGAGCCGACCGGCAACCAUGAACAGCAUUUUAAUUACAGGCGGUAACCGCGGCCUCGGACUGGGGCUCGUAAAGACCCUCAUCCGGCAGCAGGUACUGCAGAAAACACAAAUCAUUGCGACAUACCGGCUUCCGGAAAAAUCAGAGGAACUCUUUGCGCUUGCUAAACAGAACGCGAACGUUGUCCCUGUUCUAGCUGACGUAACGAACCUGGAACGGUACGAGCAGCUGGUCAACGAAGUCGAGUCCAUCGUUAAGGAUAAAGGCUUGAACGUCCUGUUUAACAAUGCCGGAAUUUCGCCCAAAUCGACGCGCCUUAGUUUCACCAAAGCAGAUGACCUCGUCGACACAUUUGUCACCAACACGGUGGCACCCAUCAUCCUAACCAAGGAGCUGCUUCCGCUACUAAAGCGGGCCGCCGACCGUCAACCGGAUGCGCCGCUCGGUCCGGGACGCGCAUGUGUUGUCAACAUGAGCUCAAUAUUGGGCUCGAUCGCGGAGAACCGCGAAGGUGGUCUGUACGCUUAUCGGACCUCGAAAGCGGCCCUAAACGCGGCCACCAAAUCGAUGUCCCUGGAUCUUCGGCCGAGCGGCAUUAUGGCGGUGGCACUACACCCGGGCUGGGUAAAAACGGACAUGGGCGGCUCAAAGGCCCCGCUGUCGGUGGACGAAAGCUGCGAUGCCAUCGUACGGACACUGCUCUCGUUGAACGAAUCCCACAACGGGGGAUUUUUGCAGUACGAUGGGAAAACGUUGCCUUGGUAGAGAAACGUGGCUUCGCAAUUGCAUCAUUACUAUAUGUUUUGUAAAAA